CUUUACGACUGUAGCCUACUUCAAUUCUAGUUUCUUAAAUUUGUCGCAAUAAUGUUGGCAUCCUCUCUGCUAGCCCUGGCCUUCGCCACUGCAGGCGCGCUCGCUCAGACGACUGCUACUGCGUCUCUGGUUCAAGAGCUCGAGUUGGCUACUGACCACGUCGACCGCAUCGCGGAUCUGCCUCAGGAUUCUGAGUUUGUUUUUGACUUCUUGAAUCCACCAGGCGGAGUGGUUCAAGGUGCUGCAGGUCAUCUUGUUCUUGCCUCUGUCAGCGACUUCCCUGCUUUGGUCGGCAACGGUAUUGCCUUGUUGGCGGGCUUCCUCGGACCCUGCGGGAUGAACACCCCUCAUAUGCAUCCCCGGGCGACCGAGUUCCUGUAUCAAGUCAAUGGCUCCAUCCAGUCCGGCAUGCUGACAGAGACUGGUUCACGCUUCAUCAUGAACAACGUUACUGCGGGUAAGGCGAUGAUUUUGCCUCAGGGCUCGAUCCACUUCCAGUUCAACGAUAACUGCGAGCCUGUGCAGUUUGUUUCCGCGCUGAACUCGGAGGAUCCUGGCACUUUGCUAGCCGCUCAGGGCCUCUUCGGCUUGCCUCCAAGCAUCGUUGCAGCGUCCCUGGGCGAAAUCGGUGUAGAAGAAGUUGCUGGCCUCGCUGAAAAGAUUCCCGACGACGUCGCGUUCGGGUCCGCAGAGUGUAUCCAGCGCUGCGGUAUCAACAUCGGCGUCCAGCCCACCGCCGAGCAAGUUCCCCGUGUCUCGGCGAACGCGCUCCCCACCGGAUCCGCAUGGACCUCCAAGGCCACCUCCACGUCGACGAACUACAGCCGCAGCAUCCUCGGCGCCGUCGCGGACCCGUCGAACCUCUCGGCGACCCACGCGACGACGCAGCCCGUCACCAUCGCGCUCAUCGCCGUCGUUAGCGUCCUCGGCCUCGGCUACGUCGUGCUCGGCGCCAUCUUCUUCGUUAACCGCCGCAAGCGCGGUGAGAAGUCGUUCAUCCGCCCCGACAUGAAAGGCCGCUCGCUCGUCCCGACCCUCGACCACGACAAGUUUGACGCGUCCGCGGGGCCAUACGACCCCAUGGCCGCUUCUUCUUCUUUCGUCCGCCCGGAGCGCGGUGAUGCGUAAACUAUGUCUCUGAUGCAUUCUGUGUCCCCAGUCCUGUAGAGGUUGUGUGGCGAGAAACUUACGUUCUGUUAUUCACUUACGGACUUUACUUACGACCCCUGACUGUAUCCGUACCUCCUGCGUCUGCUUAACCUCCUUGGGCAAUGCUACUCCUC